CACCUUCUCAUCUUAUCACUAUAUACUAUGCAGCCGUUGUCCCACUCGAACCUAACUUGCGCGGAAAUCAUAGACUCCCCCAACGACGGGGCUGACGGGACCACUCACAUCCCCCGCAUGCCACCUGGGAAGAGGAUGGAUACCUGUCAGUGCCGCAGAGCCAAGCCUUACUUGACAUGCAUGCCACUUGGUGCUCUUUCACGUCAUCGAGUAGUGCGGGGUCUGAAUCGAACCAGGGGGGUCCCUUUCGUUAUAGGCGAGGGCGUCCAGCCCUGCUGUAGGGAGUGUGGUUCUGGAUAGCGAGAACAUCGCGAGGACUGGAGGUACCUCGAAUUGAAGGGGAGCUGGCUGGACGAAAGGGGUUCCUUCCAGAAGCUGAAGCGAACUGAAAGAGGAAAGAACGACCCCACGCAGUCCUGCUGACUAACGCGCAUUGCUUAUCAGCAGCCAAUCAUCAUCACCCUCAAUCCGUCCGGCUUACCGGGUCACGUGUAAGGGUACGGUAUUGUACCGCCGGAGUGUUUGGGCUGUUUGCCUCAACCGACGUCCAUGGAUGCACCUGCUACACCUGCUAGGCAGGCAGUAAAUAGACGCCCUCUCCUACAACACCUUUCCCAAUUCCCCCAAGGUCUAGGUGCUGGAGGGAUUGUUUGGCCUCAGUACUGAUGGUUGCACCAUGCUCCAGUCCUCGGUACUUGAGCUCGGUGCUUUUUCAUCCAACCUAGCUUACGCUGCCCAUACAGCUCUUUGUUACUAGUCCGCGAACUAAUUGCCUAGGUACCGGCUCCCCCAGUGUCAGUCUGGACUCCACCAAUUUGUCCCAUCCGAACUUCCAUGCCUCUCAAUUUUUCUUCAAUCGACUUGCAUCGCGCCGCCUUGGUUCUGUUGUGCCGUCGAGAUCACUGUGGUGGUGGCAGACCCUUUCCGACAUGGGCUGCGAUUGUGCCCUGCCCUCCAGACCCCAUUCGCCUCUCUACCCGACUAUCAUCUCGGAGACUAAGAAAGCCCGCGGAUAGGGAUACCACCUACAAGUGAGGAGUUCCGUUGGUUUCCCGUCAAUCAUCCUCCUCCUGCUAUCGAAGCGAGAAAACUCGACCGCGCCGACAAGGCGAACUCAACUACAACGCCAGCCCAGCGCAUGACUUAACAUGAAUGCUGAUUCGUCUUUGGGUCCUCGGUAUACGGCCUCCUCCCCGCUUAACUUGGCUCGCUGCAACAGUCCUCCAUUCUUGGGGCGUGGUCGCAUGUGUGCACUUCCUGUCUAGGUACUGUUCCCGCCAUGCUGAACCCUGCGUCCCCGGUUUCGCCAACCUCCAUAGGGAGGAAACGACCGCACCCGCCUGCAGAGCCCGCUGCGGCCCUGCCGGACACGUCGGCGCAACCGCCGCUGCGCUCCUCCCGCGACGCACCGAUGAACCGCCCGCUCGCACCCUCCUCCGCCUCGAAUUCCUCGUUCCGCAACGUAUCCGCGUGUAACCGCUGCCGACUGCGCAAGAACCGUUGCGAUCAACGGCUGCCCCGAUGUCAGUCCUGCGAGAAGGCUAGUGUGCGCUGUGUUGGCUAUGACCCCAUUACCAAACGAGAGAUUCCACGGAGCUAUGUGUAUUUCCUCGAGGCCCGCGUGGCAUAUUUAGAGAAGCUGUUGAUGGACAAACAAAUUGAAUUCAAAGACCCGGUAGCCUUUGACGAAGAGGAGGCUAUCAAAGUGGAAGCCGGUUACGAUCCUGCUCAGACUCAAGUAGUUAACGCGGAGACGUCGACAAGUGCCGAGGUACCGACCCCCGACACAACAAACGGGAGAGUGACGCGAGUGAAAGGGGAGAAGGAGAACCUGGCUGCGCGACCCGAUGGGAACCCGGAGAAUGAACGUGACCCGGAGGCCAGUCGCGAUCACGAACGCGAAGACAACUGGCGCAUACACAACCUCGUGUCGAAUAUUGGUAUGGUCUCGGUCCAAGGCACGUCGGAUCCUCGAUAUUUGGGUUCCACGUCGGGAAUCUCCUUCGCGCGAGUCGUGUUCGCCGCGGUGAAAAGCUCCGUCGCAGGCAAUGUAUCGGACCGUGGUCCCAUGCGGCCUCACGAGCGGCUACCCCAUAGCGCCACCGGAACGGCGGGAAGUACCAUGCGAGAUUCCUUUUUCGGUCUCCAGACGAGGCCGAUGAUGAAAUGUGCAACGUUCCCGGACCGCGAGCUGGCUGAACGCCUGGCUCAUCUGUAUUUCGAGCAUGCAAACCCCCAGAUGCCCAUUCUCCACCGCGCCGAUUUCAUGGAUUUACUGGACCGCACCUACGCGGUCGACGAGAAAAGCCGUUCCCCUCGCAGCCUUUACAUUCUGAACAUCGUAUUCGCCAUCGGCGCCGGCAUCAUAUUUGAAGAUAAAGCAUCAAAUGAGCAUAAAGGUGAAGGCCGUGCUCAAUCGCCCACGUCGUCCUCUGCCAAGAGGCCGCGGUUGUCAAGCCAUCAAUGCCAACCGGAAGAAUAUCAUGCCUCGGCCAUCAUUCACCUGGAAUCUUUCCUGGGGGCGUCGUCGUCGGGUGAUGGGUUUGGCGCAUUAGAAGAGCUGCAGGCAGUGCUGCUGCUUGCCAGUUUCGCCUUGUUGCGGCCUGUGGCUCCGGGACUUUGGUACAUUGUCGGGGUCGCCAUGCGGCUGGCUGUCGAUCUUGGUCUCCAUUAUGAGGACGGCGCUGGCAUUGAUUCGCAUGGCGACGAAAGCUUAAACCGCUCGCAUAAAAAAGAUGAAGAUAACUCCAAGGCGCGCAUAGAUAACCGUGAGCGUGGACGCCGAGAAUGGGUCCGGGAUCUCCGUCGCCGGCUGUGGUGGUGUGUUUAUAGCUUUGAUCGUUUGGUCAGCUGUUGCGUGGGCCGCCCCUUUGGAAUCAGCGAUCAGGCCAUCAGCACCGAGUUCCCGUCACUAUUGGAGGACUCAUACAUCACCAAGUCUGGGAUUUUGGCGCCUCCGGAAGGUGCGCCAAGUUACAAGCAUGCGGCGCAUCAUUACUUCAAGUUGAGGGUGCUGCAGUCCGAGAUUCAGGACGUGCUACAGUAUCAGCAAGCCCGAUUUGCUAGGCAAAAGGCACCCUAUGCCGCACGGCGGUUCAUGCGCUCGGAUCUGUCGUCUCCGUUUCUGCAAGGCUUUGACUCUUUCCGUUCGUGGCGGAAAGAUGUUCACCGGCGAUUAGCCGAGUGGCAGCAGAGCGCGCCCACUCGGCGCGAAACGGGCGUGCAGUUCUCCGUCGAAUUCCUCGAGCUCAAUUACUGGCAAGCAGUCAUUAUGCUGUAUCAACAAAGCCUCACGGUUCCCGCGGAGUUGGCGGACGAAAUGACUCCGGCCGAAGACGUGUCUAGCCCGUCAUUCUCCAAUGUGGAUGAGGCCGAGGAUGAAGAUGAUAUCUACUACAAAGUCGCUGAAGCCGGUCAGAAAGUCAUUCGGAUAUAUCGUCAAAUGCAUCGCGUACGACUGGUGAACUAUACCUACCUAGCCACUCAUCAUAUCUUCAUGGCAGGCAUCUCAUUCUUAUACGCGAUCUGGCAUUCCCCUUUGGUCCGAAGCCGUUUGACCCUUGAUGAGGUGGAUUUUACAGUGCUUGCUGCCACGUCCGUCCUAGGAGAUUUGAUGCAUAAGUGCCCGCCCGCAGAAUCAUGCCGGGAUGCGUUCGAGCGGAUGAGCAAAGCGACCGUGCAAAUGUGCUUAUCAACUACCGGAUUUGGUUCUCAGGUAGACUUGACUCGCGUGCAAACCAAUUCAAUGCCAUCGAAUGGCUCGUACAAUAACCGGUCAAGACAGCAUGUGCGAUAUACCAUGGAUCAGAGACCGGGACCGUCUCAUGGGCCCGUGCGACGACCAGCGCAGACGCGCCAGUCCCGUCCAAUGCCGAGGUUUGACAUGAAUCUGGGGGAUCUGUUUAGUGACAACGAUCCCGUUUCGGAUCGUCAAACCGGUGGUCCGCGCAAGCCGGUGCAGGCAUAUGGCCGAUCGGAAUACCCCGAAGCGUCAACGUCGAAUUUUACCCCCAGUCGAGCCACUCGACCGCCGCCUCAGCAGUCGCCCCCGAUAGAGUUCUAUGGUAACUACGAGAGUCCUGUCUCGCCGCAGCAACAGCAACAGCAACAGCAGCAAUAUUUCUUCGCAAACUCUCCGCAGCCAAGCGCAUCACCUAGCAGCGUUGUUGCUCACUCCGGCCACCAGCCGCCACAGGCUAUGGAUCAAGAACACCAAACUGGAAUCAGCCUGGACUUCUUGGAAUUUGAUCCUGCGGGUGCCGAGGGACAAGUUCACUUUGGUUCCGACGAAAUGUCGGAAUAUAAUCUGCAGGCGAUGCCCUCAUUGGGACACGGCGUGGGCCAUAGCGUCGGGAUUGACCUCGGGUUUGGCAUGGCGGUGGACUUCCAACAUGAUUGGAGCGAAAAUCCCAAUCUCGACAUUUUAGAAGGCUAUUUCUUCGGUGGAUCGGGCGCCGGUCCAUCUGGGGAUGCCCAGUAGGGCGAUCAUCGACAUGUUUGACAUGUGGGGGUAGUGCUUGGAUUGACAUAUCUAGUAGACCCUGGGCUGUUGGGCAGAGACCCUUUUUUGGCGCCUCGGUUUCCUAUUCUCUUAUUUGCCCUAGGUCUUCGUGCAUUUUGGGUUUCUCAAAAGGAUGGAUGAAAUGAUUCGACGAAUUUUCUAGUUUCCUUCCAUUUCUUUCGUUAUGAUCUGAUACUUACUUGACUUUUUAUUUCGGACUCGGUACUCCUUGUCUAUUGAGGCCGAGAGUACUUGGAAGAUACCUCUUCAUGCUAAUAUAAGUAUGCAUGUAUGUACCUGCUUUUCUACAUGCUAGCGGAUAUACUUGCUGCUUUUGUUUGUUUGUUUGUCGUUGCUACGAUGCUUGUUUUGGAUAUCCGAGCUGUUGCGGCUCAUGAAACGCGCAAUUCGAGAAAACAAUUUCACUAUUUUUACCCAAUUGACGACCCUGCGA